CGUCCCUACACACAAAAAAUAAUUCUUGUUUCUGUUCCUCCAACAUACGCUUCUUUUCAAAAAAUGCGUGAAAUCCUUCACAUUCAAGGUGGACAAUGUGGCAACCAAAUAGGUGCGAAGUUCUGGGAAGUUGUGUGUGCUGAACACGGCAUUGAUUCCACCGGGCGAUACGAUGGAGAUUCCGAUCUCCAGCUCGAGAGAAUCAAUGUCUAUUAUAAUGAAGCGACAUGUGGAAGAUUUGUUCCUAGAGCUGUUCUGAUGGAUUUGGAACCUGGUACUAUGGAUAGUAUUAGGUCUGGUCCUUAUGGACAGAUUUUUAGACCUGAUAAUUUUGUUUUUGGACAAUCUGGUGCGGGGAAUAAUUGGGCUAAAGGUCAUUAUACUGAAGGAGCGGAAUUAAUUGAUGCUGUUCUUGAUGUUGUGAGGAAGGAAGCUGAAAAUUGUGAUUGCCUACAAGGAUUUCAAGUGUGCCAUUCAUUAGGUGGAGGAACAGGGUCUGGUAUGGGUACUCUUUUGAUUUCCAAAAUCAGAGAGGAAUAUCCGGACCGAAUGAUGCUUACAUUUUCAGUUUUCCCUUCUCCUAAGGUCUCUGAUACCGUAGUUGAGCCUUACAAUGCAACCCUAUCCGUUCAUCAAUUGGUUGAAAAUGCAGAUGAAUGCAUGGUCCUUGAUAAUGAGGCUUUAUAUGACAUUUGCUUCAGAACCUUGAAGCUUACCACCCCAAGCUUUGGAGAUUUGAAUCAUUUGAUAUCAGCAACAAUGUCUGGUGUUACCUGUUGUUUGCGUUUCCCUGGGCAGUUGAACUCUGAUCUCCGUAAGCUGGCCGUGAAUUUGAUACCAUUCCCAAGGCUCCACUUCUUUAUGGUUGGAUUUGCGCCUUUGACUUCCCGUGGUUCACAGCAAUACCGAGCAUUGACAGUUCCGGAGCUUACACAGCAAAUGUGGGAUGCCAAGAACAUGAUGUGCGCAGCUGACCCUCGCCAUGGAAGAUACUUAACUGCCUCUGCUAUGUUUAGGGGUAAAAUGAGCACGAAAGAGGUUGACGAGCAAAUGCUCAAUGUGCAGAACAAGAACUCUUCCUACUUUGUUGAGUGGAUUCCUAACAAUGUGAAAUCAACUGUUUGUGAUAUCCCACCUACCGGACUUAAGAUGGCAUCGACUUUCAUUGGUAACUCGACGUCAAUUCAGGAGAUGUUUAGGCGUGUUAGUGAACAGUUCACUGCUAUGUUUAGGAGAAAGGCUUUCUUGCAUUGGUACACUGGUGAGGGAAUGGACGAGAUGGAGUUUACCGAGGCUGAAAGUAACAUGAAUGAUCUUGUUUCGGAGUAUCAGCAGUACCAAGAUGCCACUGCUGAUGAGGAGGGAGACUAUUAUGAGGAUGAAGAGGAAGCUCAAGAGGAUUAAUUUGAAAUGUUAUUGGGACUUCGAAAUAUGGAUGAAGCCAAACCACAACUUCUAGUUGAUGUUUUUUUGGCUUUGAGAUGUAAUAGUGCUCUUAAAACUACUGCAAGCUUUUAAUAUCUUGUACUAUUUCAAUUUGCGCAAUUCUGAUACGAGUGUUAUAUUGCUUGUCUAAAUUGCUGGUAAUUCAGUGUUGCUAUUAUGCUCUA